UCGAUUUCCAAGGUCUUCAUCUGUGACUUCAAAGGGUGUGAGAAUAUGUUCAAGGCAAAAUAUUCCCUGACUAGGCAUAUUAGAGCAAAGCAUUUUAAAACUAAAUAAACAUGAGUGAAGCACUUGUGGGAAAAAGUUUUCGCUCGCUCAUAACCUUAAAGAGCACGAACAUAUUCAUUCACAAGCCUUACCCUAUAUAUGUGGGAUUGAUGGAUGCACCCAAGGUUUCAGACAAAGAGGAAAAUUAUGACUUCACAGAUCCAAGCAUCAAGGAUACAAGAAACAAAAGUACAAGUCUAAUUCCUGGCUGAAUUCAGAACCCCUUCUUCAAGGAGAGACGAGUAGGAACCAAGGUGGUAUAGGAGGAUUUAGUAACGACCCUCUUAAUUCUACUGAAUCCAACUUUGCUCCUCUACCCAGUUUCGGAUUCAUGAACAGUGUUGCCUCUGCUAAAAUGCCCCAAAGCUCUAUUAGUCCUCAAAAAUGAUUGAAUAACCUAUCUCAGCCGUUCAGCUCUCAAAAGCCACACCAGACAAACCAAUUUAUGAUGUUCGACCUCCCUCAGUCCCAACCUAGUUUCAGAAGAGAGAGGGAUAAUGGCUUCUUGUCUCAUGAAAAUAGGAUGAUUAGUGACAAUUUCUUGUUUAAUAGUGACAACGAAGAUGAAGAAGCCAAAGGCAUGAAUACUAAAGUUGACGAACCUCUUUUCCGAAGUUCCUUCUCUUUAAUGACGAGACCUCAAGAGAUGCACCACUCCAGACAAUCGAUGUUUACUUUCCAAACUAAUAGCGAUAUGGGCGGAAGCCUGAAUCGGUUUGGCAUGGGUCCUCCAAGGAACCAUGAUAAUAUUAUGGACAGCCAGUACCGUAAAUUUGACUUCUCUCAUAAAAACAAGUACUAAA